CUUUGUCGAUCUUUUGUUUACAAGUCUCCAGUCUUUCAGCAGUCUUUCCGGUUAUUUUUCAAACCGGAAAAAAAWUGACAAACRURAAACCAAAUUUCCAAGAAAUCCAAAGGAAGCCUACGACAUAAAGUUCRCUUAUAAAGAAGCGAAUUGAMGAAGUGAGGUUAUAAAAUUACGUUUUAUUUUACUUAGCAUGAUUUUCGAUGAUUCAGCGAUUUAGCCAAAGUUGAUAUAAUGGCCUUCGGUGGGUUACUGACGAAAUCUUGUGAUUUUGGACGAACGAUUGAGCAACUUAAAGAAAUUUGCAAUAAUGCUGAUUCAGAAGAACUCUUAAUGCUUGCUGCUGGUCAACAYUGCCUGGAUGUCAAAUUCAACGAUCUUGUUCAAAAUUCUCAUCAACAAACAUUCAUAUGUUCUGUAAAAGUCGGAAAUCUUCUUGGACACCAGGAAUGCAUAGGAUAUGGCCAGUCAAAGAAAGAAGCGAAGAUAAAUGCUGCACAAGAAGCUAUUUCAGAAAUAACACAACGAUUGAAAGACUCAUCGCCUUCUUCGUCGCCCUCUGAGCCAAGCAAUAAAGCUAAGAGUACAAGCCAUGGAACUGGUGWUGGGCCUUGCUCAUUGAGGUCUARCCRGACARAAUCACCAGAAUUAAACCAAGCAUCAUCAAGCAAUGGUAGCAACCAAAGACUGAAUUCCAGCAGAUGGUUGGAAGAUUUGUUCUCUGAAAGGCGUCGCUCACCAUCACCAUCUCUGACAGCCAGAGGUCCCUCUGCACACAGCAGCAGUCCCCUAUCUCAUGGCGACAAUUAUGAUAACCCAAUCGGUGCACUAAAAGAACUGGCUGAUACUCACCACUGGCCUCAGCCUACAUAUGAGGAGAUUGAUGAAUACGGUGAAGACCACAAGAAAACAUUUGUGUUUCAAUGUAUGUUCARAGAUGUGCUUACGGAAGGGCGUGCAUCUACAAAGAAGGCUGCAAAAAAGAAAUCUGCAGAAGAAAUGCUCACAAAGGUUGGACGAAAUGGAACGAUCAUACCAAAGCAAUUGYCUUCUUUAUCGAAUUCUGGUUUUCUGCCCAAGUCUCAUGGAAUCAGUACAUCACGACUAAUACAAAAAGACUUACCUACCAAACGUAGUGAGGAUUACAAAAACAAGCUGACAAAACUCGCUUCAGACAGAAGAUGGACAAUAGAGUGGCAUGAUCUCGGGGAAGGAUUCAAAGGAAAUUCUUUGUGUUUUGUUCGAAUUAAAACAGAUCCUGUCACAGUAUGUCCCGGAUCAGGGAUUACCAUCAACUCAGCCUACGAUGAUGCAGCCAGAAAUGCCUUGAAGAUUUUAAAGCGGAUGCAGUAGCCGGCACCCGGGGGAGGGGGGGGCUUCUGAAAUAACCCCUAAAAGGGACCUGUAUUGUGAGAUGAUGGGCGUGGCAGUGCUGAAAUUUCACCCCUAAGAGGGACCAAUCAAUAACAGGUCAUUUUGGUUUUGUUUUGGUUUUGUUUUAGCUUCAAACGCCGUCGGCUCUUAUUGAGUUUAUGUGACGAUGAGUUUCAUGUGACGAUGUUGUGUUAUAUACAAAUCGUUAGGGCCGUCGCAUACCCUAAAAGGGACCACAAAACCCAGUUGGUGGGAAUUCUCGUCAUUAUAACCCUAAGCGGGACACUGAUUUCAAACCCUAAAAGGGACGACGAGGACCCCGCCCUUUUUUAUUAGGGAGACGCAUUCGAACAUGCUUGAAAUUUAACUGCAACUCGCUGCAAUUUUCGGUCGCCUCGACAAUCGCAGGGCUGUUUACACUUACGUUUUGAGGUGCGCAAAAACAAUGUGGCGAUUUUAGCGCGACAAUCGCACUGCAAAAAUCGCUGCGCGCGUCUUUCAACAGGCAAUUAAUUAAUGCAGUCGUAUUAGUGACUGAUUUAAACGUUGUUAUGUGUUGCCUUAUAUUUAUUAUAUUCUUUAACAAUUUUGAGAGCAUGCGUACUUUUAUUACAGUAUUAGUCUAAGUACAGGCAGCUACAUCAUCCCUUCAUUUUCUAUGAUAAUUUUUGCAUUUAUAUUUCGGAGUGUCUAAACGUCAGGCAGUCGAAUUUUUUCUUAAAAACUUGUCGGGAACAACCGUAAUUUCAACAAAUACAACAAGGAAAAUGCAAUA